GGAGCAGCAGGAGCAGCAGCAGGAGGAGGAGGAGAGGUUUUUUGGACUAAAAGGAGCCGUUUGGAGCUCUGAGGAGGAGAAACUCUGCAGUCUGAAGGUUUUGAAUCGUUCUGAUCGACCAAUCAGCCGCCUGCAGUUGAUCGCCUGAUAUUGAUCGGAUUCAUCAGCCAAUCAGCGAUCACAAACUGAACAGCCUGUGAUUGGCUGGUGAACCAGGAGACGUUCUCAUUGGUCAGAAAAAAAACGACCCAUCAGGCCGAGCGAUGGCGGCGUCAGAGCUCAUCCAGGGCGACGACGACGUCCGCCCGCACGUUGAAGUCAACGUGACCACAGAGAAUCCCGACACGCAUCCUCCGAGGGUCGCCAACGGCAACCCUCCACGCCACGUCUCCUCGGCGCCGACGCCCGCCGACGCCCACGACGGCAAGAAGAAGGCGGAGGGCAGCAAACUGAGCAGCCUGCUGAAGCAGAACCAGCUGAUCCACUCGCUGAGCAGCGGGCUGCGGCGCCACUGCGACUACGUCAAGAUCAGCGUGCCGGAGGAGCGCGCCAACCGCCUCCCCAAGGAGUGGUGGAAGACGGGCGUGGCCUUCCUCUACGCCCUCUUCAACCUCGUCUUCACCACCGUCAUCAUCACCGUCGUCCACGAGCGGGUGCCGGACAAGUCGGUGAGCCCGCCGCUGCCCGACAAGUUCUUCGACUACGUGGACCGCGUGCCGUGGGCGUUCACCGUCACCGAGGUCAACGGGCUGAUCCUGACGGGGCUCUGGCUCGUCCAGUGGAUCUUCCUCAAACACAAAGCUAUCGUCGGCCGUCGCUGUUUCUUCCUGAUCGGGACGCUGUACAUGUACCGCUGCGUCACCAUGUACAUUACCACCCUGCCGGUGCCGGGAAAACACAUGGUCUGCGCUCCAAAGCUUUACAACGACUCGACCGGGAAGAUCUGGAGGAUUCUGAGGCUCAUCUCAGGCGGAGGUUUGUCUCUGACGGGCUCUCACCUGAUGUGCGGAGACUUCCUGUACAGCGGCCACACCGUCAUGUGCACGCUGUCCUACCUCUUCAUCAAAGAGUACUCUCCGCGCUGGAUGUGGUGGUAUCACUGGUUCUGCUGGCUGCUCAGCGCUUCGGGAGUCAUCUGCAUCCUGAUCGCUCACGAGCACUACAGCAUCGACGUGGUGAUCGGAUACUUCGCCACCACCAGGAUCUUCUGGUGGUACCACACCAUGGCCAACACACACACGCUGCGUCAAGCCCCCAACAACUACCUGUUGAGGACGUGGUGGAACCCCAUCUUCAACUUCCUGGAGAAGAACGUCCAGACGACGGUUCCCAUCGUGUUCUCGUGGCCGGUAACGCUGCCGUCGUCCUGCAGGCAGCGCUACAGGAUGGUGGAGGGCGGGAGGGACGAGUGAGGACGGCGGGGGGAGGAGGGACAGUGGAGCUGAGACGGCGUCCGUCCUGACUCCUGCAGGAGAGGACGGCGAGCUUCCGUUUCUUCGUGAGGCAGUAUUUCCAGCUCUGUCUGCGGACGGAGGACGAGCAGACGCGACGUUUAACGACGUUUAACGCCUGCAGAUUAUUUAUCGGCGAGUUUAAUCCCCCAAAUAUGUCUCGGCUUCCCUCCGAGUCUGAGGAGACGAGUUCAGGUGUGUAUUUAUCAGGAGGUACGAACCUCCGACAAAGAGCCAAAAUUACUUUGAAUAAAAGUCGCAAUCUGUGAAAAAUGUCGUUUCACUUCACUGUCGGACUCUACGACUCACCGAAAUCAAACCAUUUUACUUCUGUGUUACUGGAUUUUCUUUGUUUAUUUGUUGCGAGGGAGUUAAAAACACCAUCACCCGGCGAGUUUCCCUUAAAGAUUUGUGCGAAAUUUAACCCAUGUUUUCGAAAAGUCGAUAAAACACUCCAACUUUUUAAAAUCAGUGUUAUCCACUAAUGUCUUUCAAUUUAGUGAAAAUAUUACAGGGAAAAUGAUCUGAAAUUCAUAAUAAAUAAAUAAAAAUAAAGUAGGAAAAAAAAACAAGGA